AUGCAAUUUAAAGAAGAAUUGAUAAAAGUAAUAAUCAAUUUGAUUGAAGAGCUAUUUGAAUGCAAAGUAAAUUCUAUUAUGCAAGAAGUAUAAUAUUUUCACUAAAUUAAGGUUAAUGAGAAACUAACUCGUAUGCAUUAAGAUAUAGAAAAUAUGUAGGAUGUUUUGGUUAAACACUUUUCUUAACAAAUUGCCCAUUCUAGAGCAGAAUCUUUAAGUGAAACAAUUGAUACUGCUGAAGAAGAUCAAUUUAAGAAAUCAAUCAAUGCAGAAUUGGAUACUUUGAACAUACGUAUUUAAUAAUUAGAAUACACAAAUCAUAUCAUACUUGAUACUCAAAGUGUCUAUAAAACUAAUUUUAAGGAACUUGAACGCAAAAUAUAACCUUUGUAGGAAUAAAUUAAUAAAUCAAUUGAAGAAAUGAAAAAGGACUUAAAGGGUACAUUCUAUCUAUGAAAUUAGAUAAGCAGACAUUUUAAUGGACUGUCUUGAAUGAUUAAAUUGAACGAGUAGAAAAAUAUGUCUAAAAACUUAAACAAGCAGAUAUGUUAUUCUAAUAACAACAAUAAUUGUAAUCACAAAACAAUAAGAAACAAAAAUGA